AUGCAUCGCAAGGGUGAGGAUGGAACAUUGAACCAUGGCUGCGUAUCCUACAAUCGAUCUCUCGCCGUCCUAGUCACAGCCAACAUGUCAUCACCGCUACCCCAUCUAAACGUGCGCCGCAGAGCGGUAAGACCCGAUUCUGCUAUACCUGCCAAAAAUUUCCUAGCUAUUCAAUCUGCCCUGAUUCGCGGUGACAGAUCUGUGGCACUUGACAAUACGAGCAGAAUCCUUCCAGAGGACUGCGAUGAACUCGGACUUCCCUAUGAUUCUCCAUCUAUGCCACAAGACCAAUCAUUCGAAUGCCCCUUUGCUGACGACUAUUCUGAGUCUCAUAGUAAUGAUACAGAUCAGCCAAACCUCGUCGGAGAGCAUAUUGAACUCUUAAACUGGGAUGGCUUCAGGCUUGAAUGGGUUAAAGUCCUCGGCCAAGGCGGCUUUGGCAUGGCUACUCUCUGGAACGCCAUAUUCGAUGAUCAAAGCAGUAUGAAGGUUGUCAUUAAGAUACCUAUCCGUGCGAACGGCACAUUUGAGGGGGAGCUAGACUGGCACCUUAGAUAUAGAGGAGCUUCUCAUAUCACCCAGAGCCUAGAUUUGCAAGAGAUUGCUGACAAUGUUAGACGCAGAAUCAACAGAGGCCACAUAAUAAACAGGGGAGUAAGAUUUUAUCAGAAGGACCUCGAUAUUCUUGUCUUGGAGUAUGCAGAGCAUGGGUGCCUUUUUGACAUAAUGUCCAAGGCCUCGUAUUUUGGAGUCCGUUUUUCGAAUAAGGUAUUAUGGGAGAUUUGGGAAUGCUUGGUGAAAGGUGUUGUAUCAGUCGCGCUUCAGCCGGAAUCAGUCAAACGAUGGAGUCCUAAUAGUCUUGACAUGGUAUUAAAUUCGCUGGAUAAUCCGCAAAAUAUUAAUGAGCUAUUGAGACUCAGUACAUUGAUUGAUAGCCAUGAUGUGCAUUUUGACCUAGAAGAGCAAAAUAUUCUCAUUGCUGAAGAUGGUCACCACUCACACCAUCCCAUACUUAAGUUUCACGAUUUCGGGCAUUAUAGUCAUAAGAUGAGAGAGUGUUGGGAUCGCUGGGAUCAUUACGAUUACUGGAAAGCCAGAAGGUGCCCCAAAAAUAAUCGAACUCCUCCGGAAACCAUUUCCGAAGAUUGGGACAAGGUCGAUCUAAGUAGUCCAGGAUCAGUAUUACAAUACACCGGUGACACAUUUGGACCAGAAAAGAAUGAAGUUGCAGGGCGAUAUGGCACUUGGACGAAUGUCUUCACCAUUGGCAAAAUUAUGGAGUCUGUCAUAACACAAAGCUGGUCAGCGCAUCCAAUGACGACAAUGAUAUAUGAGGCUGGGGAUGAACGAUGCUUGGGCGAAUCGUAUGCCUGGCGUCUGAGCAAGCCAGAAUAUAGCUAUAUCGAGCCCGAGCUUCUCGACCAAAUUGCGCAAUGCCAGUUCGAGAAACCACAGGACCGUCCUCAGCUAAGCUAUCUCUUGAGGAAUGUAUGUGAACGCAAACAUCACGGCUUCAAAGAAAGCGACGGUGACACGCGCUCCUUUUGGGAUGCCUUUUGGGCACUUACACGGACAAAUCCAGCCAGCCAGCCUUCGGUCCCAUUAUCAGACUCACAGACCUCGACAAUUUCGGUUGAGGCUUCAGGAAGUCAGAGAAAUUAUCCCGCUGAUCGCGGUCAGCGUGAAUAUCGGUCAGAUCCUUUUGCACGGCCCUCUUUUGCAGGUUCUUAUACAGGAAAUUCCGACAGGCAGUCACCGCCUCCUGCGUCACCGUACGAUGAAAUCGGGAAUCCUCUCAUUACACACGUAGCUGCUCUCCGACGCAAAAGUAGACGAUCGCUAUUGAGUGCUUCAUCAGAAGAGUCGUUCCCAACGCUUCUCAGAAGGCCAGGGCUUUCUACAGACGUACAUGCGACGGCAUUGGAUCCAUCAGCAGGUUUGCUAUCGACUGACUCAAUUCCUUCGGGCGGAAAUCAGAGGAAGCGGUCUUCUUCAUGGUUUUCUGAUAGCGACUCAGACGGUGGAGUAAUUCUACGUGAGACAAAAAGAGCUAAGCACGAUUUAGCGUCUAACUCAUUAUCAGAAAGUGUAGAGAGUUUAGGCGGCGGAGUGCGUCCAGAUGAGGCAUGCAAUCUGGCUUCUAUCACGUCGACAUCUUCAAUAGAUGGAGGGGUUCUUCUACGAGGGACACAGAGGACUGGUAUGGCAUCAGCAUCGUCAUCAUCGUCAUCAGAUGGAGGAGUGCCUCUACGAGGAUCAAAGGAAACUAAACACAAUUUGACGUCUUUGUCAUCAUUCUUGCCAUUAAGAAGCCCAACUAGGGCUAGGUGGACAUCGAAGAGGACGAAGAAGCUGUCAAUUAAAUCGCCAAGGUAUGCCAACACAACUGCACCCGACGAUAUCAUAUCCCAGCCAAUUAGUGGUAGUCCUACGCGCCUAAACUGGGCAUGGCCCAUUAUGACCAUGGCGCCCAGACGCAUACCGAAUAUUCUGGAGGUUGAUGUGCGUGAUGGCAAGUGCCUUGCCAAGUAUGCCACGAUGUCUCCAGACAGAUUAAACCUACCGCAGAGCAACGGCGGUUUCUGCUUUACAAAAAGAUCCGAUCCGACUUAUUACGAGAGUGUAGACAAGGAAGCUUCACAGUUACAAUGCUAUACCACCAUGAUGCCAGUUGAUAAUAGGGAUUUUAUUCCAAUGGAAGUGAUUCCAGAAGAAAUAGAAUCCCAAAUGGAUUUGGAUAUGUAG